GCUUUCCACCUCCUCUCUUCACUCCCACUCGCCGAUCGAUCUCGCCUGUCAGCUGCACUUGGAGAAGCCACUUGGAGAAAUGGCGCGCAGCAGAGCCUUGUUGCACCUGGCGGCCUUCGCCGCCGCGGCGUGCCUCCUCGCCACGGCGACCGCAGACUGGAUCGCCGGCUCGGCCACAUUCUACGGCGGGAGCGACGCCUCCGGCACCAUGGGCGGCGCGUGUGGGUACGGCAACCUGUACUCGACGGGGUACGGGACGAACACGGCGGCGCUGAGCCCGGCGCUCUUCAACGACGGCGCGGCGUGCGGGGAGUGCUACCAGGUGACGUGCGACCAGUCGAGCUCGUCGUCGUGCAAGCAGGGGGUGAUCGUGACCGUCACGGCCACCAACCUCUGCCCGGCGGACUACUCCAAACCCAACAACAACGGCGGCUGGUGCAACCCACCGCGGAGGCACAUGGACAUGGCGCAGCCGGCGUGGGAGAAGAUCGGGGUCUACCGCGCGGGCAUCAUCCCCAUGAAGUACCAGCGUGUGCCCUGCUCCAGGUCGGGCGGCGUGCGGUUCACCAUCAACGGCAACAGCUACUUCGAGCUGGUGCUGAUCACGAACGUCGGCGGCGCCGGCUCGAUCUCGUCGGUGCAGAUCAAGGGGUCCAAAACCGGGUGGAUGGCCAUGGCCAGGAACUGGGGCGCAAACUGGCAGUCGGGGAGCUACCUCAACGGCCAGGCCAUCUCCUUCACCGUCACCCUCACCAAUGGCCAGAAGCUCACCUUCCAGGACUGCGCGCCCUCCAACUGGGGGUUCGGACAGACAUUCACCACCGGCGCGCAGUUCUACUAGCGACGACCGCCGCCGGCCGGCUCACGUUGCUGGCCGGCCAGUGUCGGGUCGCCUCUACUAUUUCAGUUUCUCUUUCAUUUCACAUUUGGGAUAUAUAGCUUCAUUCUGAUGCAUGGUAGGACUAGGGAUUGGCUAGGUGCCGUAGUAGGGUGGUUUGCAUGGCUGAGGUGGGUGCUUGGACGGGUUCGCCUCGCCCGCCCGGCCGGACUGAUCUAUUGCCCGCCGUGCCUGCCGCCUUGCGAUGUUCCACCAUCGAUCCGAUCUAAUGCCGCAUGCGAGCAAGUGUACUGCAUGUUGACCGAAUCACCAUCUUAUUAAUAGAAUGAGCUCUAGUAGAAUGAAAAUGGCUAUGCAUAUGGCUCUGUCCUGUGCACA